AAUCAGAGUGAAGGGGGCGUUAACCCCGCAACAUUCAAGCGUUUGUGUGCGUUUGUUUUGGAGAGAGUUUUGCGGGGAGAACACUUUAGCAUUUCAUGCUCAUAAUUUGAUAGUUAUAAUAAAACGGGAUUAAAAUACAGUAUUUUUAAGUGCAGUGAUGGGAAGUUUAGCGGAGGAAGACGCGCCCAAACUCUCACGAACAGAGUUACGCAAGCAGAAACUCGCUGAGUAUUUGGCAGCAAAAGGCAGAUUAAAACCACCAAACCCAAAGCCUUAUCUCAAGGAUGGUGGUACAGAUGUGAAGAAACCCUCAGGGGGUCUGCAGAGGCCCCAGUCUUCCAUCAAAGAAAAGGAGAACAGUAUUCCAAGUGCUAAAGAUGUAAGAAAAGCUGUGAAGCUGGGCAGUGCACUGUCAGAGAAGAAUGCAAACACUACCACUUUCAAAAGGGAGUUGAGAACCCUACCCAGAGCCCCUUCUACCAGCCUUCAGCGCCUAGUUAUCAAACCCACUUUGUCUCAAACAGCCCCACAACACUGCAGAACAAACUCGAAAUUCACAACCACUGGUAGAAAUGUCUCUAUUAAAGAGCAGAAGACAAAAACAGCUCUUCAAACAGAUGCUGGGCCAUCAAAACUAUAUAAAUCUCUCAAGACAGAUCAACAGUCCAUGUCUGGACAAGCAAAGACGUCCUUCAGGGUAUCUUCUUUUAGAUCGCAAUCCAUCAGCGUCAAAACGGGCAUACCAAAAAGAACGGUAGUCACAGGAAAGGAAUCUAUAUCUAAUCAAAUUACAAGCGCAUCAGAGAGGAAGUUUUCAGCAACAAGACAACUACGAAAUAAGGCGUCAGUCAAGCCUGAGGUACAGGUUGUGACUCAUUGUACACAGACUGGACCUGCAGGCAAAGCACGCAGUGAUACCACUCAGAUCACGAAACCUCUGCACAGGAAUUCACAGCCAGAAAAGGCCAGAACGGAAUUGACUCAAAGAAAGGAAUCACAUUCUCAAUCCAACAAGCCUGGAAAUAAUAAACCUGGUCUCCCAAACACACAAAGAAAAGCUCCUACUGCAGCUGAAAUAAAGCCAGCUCUACAGUCAGCUGUUCCAAAAACUGCAAAUCCUUCCAUCAGAAAAAGUACAACAGCAACAAUCAAUAAAACUGUUAAAUUACCCCCUUCUAAAACCACUGUUCCAGCAGCCCCAUUGCCUAAAAGUCUUCCACAGCGCUCCAGGAGCUUCAGCCAGACCAGAGCGACAAUUCCGCCCAAGACCCCUAAAUCCGAGUUCAAUCCUAGCACUCAGGGUGUUAGGACUGUCCCUCUGGAUGGAAAGAAGAAGAUAAAUGCUGCUCAGGAGGAGAGAAUCCGUAAACUCCAGGAGUGGCGUGAAUCCAGAGGUAUAACGUAUAAACGUCCUCCGAUGCCUGUUAAGCCAGUGAGGAGGAAGACUACAGCUACAGUCUCUUCCAUUUACUGGCCUACUAUUGAGAAAGAGGAUGAGGUCCAUCGCUUCGUCUGUACUGUAGACCAGUCACUUAACGACUGUAUAAAGCUUGUUGAGCAGGGUUGUCCUUUCGAGCAGAUCAGAGAUGUGCUAUCUCGAGUGCCAAUGGCACAGAAAUUCGCCAAGUACUGGAUCUGCAAAGUCAGGCUGAUGGAGAGAGAAGGAAACCUCAACGUUCUACCAACAUUUGAGGAAGCCGUUCGUGUGGUUAGAGAGCCUGUGGACGAACUGCGUGCUGUGAUAUUUGAAAUCCUGAAAAAGAAAGAAGCAAAAGGUUCUGCUGUUUCACCUUGUAUGGAGGAAAGAGAGGAAGUGGACAGUGAGGAAGAGGGGAAGCCGCAGUAUGAUAUGCAAACUCCAAAACCAGUGGGAGCUCUGAUAAGAGGGGAGAAGGGAAACUCAUCUGUAAUUAAAUACAAGAUCACGACCACUCCAGGUGGGAAAAGGAGUCAGCAGAGAGAGAGAUCGGGGCGGGUCAACGGACACGAGCUUCGCUUCUUCACUCCAGUGCGUCGCUCGCUGCGAAUCGAGAGAUCGGCUCCUCGUUACCCGGCAGCCCUGCAGGAGCACGACCCCUGCGUGACCUCUCUCCCAGACCUCCUGACGGAAGAUGACGGGGAGGUAAAUGAGUUACGUGCAGCUGAAAGUGAAGACUCACCGCUCUAUGUCUACCGUGAGAAUGAAGCCCUGAAAGAUCAUGUGGCGAUUGAACUGGUCUAUGAGUGAGCAGAGAAAUGACUGAUUAUUGCGUAUCGGGUGACAUCUUUCAAAACCGCGUUAUUUCCGGGAACAGAAAUUCGGCCUUUAGUGAUUUUUAUCUGCAGUUAGUAGUGAUUCACAUUGUGCCCCAGAUGAUUAACUUUCACCCACAGAGGAGAGUGGGAGCGAGUGAGGUGUUGAAGUGUUGUUUCAUUUAUCCUUAAGCUUAUCCAGAUUUUUAAAUAUUUAAACCUUGUGUGUAGGUUGUGCAAGUGAUUCUCCAGGAAAUGACAGAAAUGGGCUUUAGACAUAAUUUAUUUCUGUUAAUCAUUUAGGGGAGACACAUUAAACAUGAAACUGUUAACAGAUGUGGGUUAAAACUCCCGUCCUGUAGAUAGAUUGAAUCAGAAAACAGGUUGUUAAUAUUGAAUGUACAUACUAUCCUACAUACUAGAUUAACUCUAGUAAAUAAAGGAAGGAAACAAAGAAGGAAGGUGCACAUUUUGAAUGGAAAUAAAUAAUUUUUAUAUGGUUAUAAAAA